CUUUGCUAAGGGAGAGAGAAAAGAUUUUGGAGAAAAAACAUGGCAACAACAAGACAGAUCUCGGAACUGCAGCCACAAUCGCCAUUUAUUCAACGCAUCAAGAGUUCAGGGACCAUAAACACCAAUGGAAGCCCUAUGAAUGAUGACAAAGAAGAGGAGUUUUCACGCUCAGCUUUGGCUUUGUUUAAAGCAAAAGAAGAUGAGAUUGAAAGGAGGAAGUUGGAGGUUAGGGAUAGGGUUCAGACAAAGCUUGGACUCGCUGAGGAAGCUACUAGGAGACUAGCCGAGAUUCGGGAAGAGCUGGAAGCUCUAACCGAUCCAAUGCGGAAGGAGAUAUCCGCGAUAAGGAAAAGAGUAGAUGCUAUUAAUCGGGAACUCAAGCCUUUAGGACAGAGUUGUCAGAGAAAGGAGAAGGAAUUUAAAGAAGCACUUGAAGCUUACAAUGAAAAGAACAAAGAGAAAGCUAUGUUUAUUAACAAGUUAGUUGAGCUUGUUACUGAAAGCGAGAAACUGCGAAUGACAAAGCUUGAGGAACUCAGCAAAAGCAUUGACAUUUCGUUACGCUAAUUAACACCAAGAUGACGACAAUCAAUGGUUGCAAAAAAAAAAAAAAAUCAGCCAGCUUUACUUCCUUAUUUUCUAAUUGUUUGAUUCGAUAUUUGCUUGUCUUGGUGAUCAAAUCUUAUUUCUUCAUUCAGCAGAAAUGUGUUAAAAGAUUCGGUUUGAAUUCAAAUUCUUAUGUUUUCA